GGUCUCGUGCCAAUGAAGAUAUCAUGCAUCUUUUUAAACCCAUGAUCUUUCCCAAAUCUUUCCAAUGUAGGACUUUGAUUGAACCCCAACACCAAGCGACCACCGACCAGAGGUGCAACAUGGAUCCAAAAUGCUGCAUGUAGAUCGAAAUAUGACAAUGGUACCUAGGCCGGCAUACCCCAGCAGCUCACAGACCGAAACAUGGCACGCAGGUCGGGUAAUACCCGUAACUCGCAACUCGAAACAUAGCGGCUCGAUGGCUGGAACACAGUACAUAGGGUAGAACACAGAUUAUGGUGGCAGAGUGCAAUAGCAGUGGCCCGAAGGCCGGAUCAACGGUGGCUCAAGUUUCGGACCAGCGUGCGCCAGCAUGGAUAGAAUAUCGGAUCAACGUCAGAAGCGUAUGACAGUGCAGAUCGAGGGUUGUCUACGACGAUGGGGCACUGUUGUGGCUCGGAGGCCGACUGCAAUGAUGGGAACCGGAUGCAGAUCGAGGCUAAUCUUGCUUUGACGUGGCCGGUCGGCGACUAAUCGGGGUUGCCGGCAACGCCUAGAGAGAAGGCGGUGUGCGUUCGGCCUUGGCGUCGGCGUGGAGUGAGGAAAUGCGGCGAGCCACGCUGGGCGGUGAAGCGGCGUGCCCUGUAGAGCGAUGGAGGCGAUGUCGGCAGCGGGAGGCACGAGCUGAGGCGUGCCUUCGGCUGUGGCAGAAGAAAACCAGCCUCCGACGAGGUGAUGAGAGAUGCCCAAGGCAUCUGCGCGACAGCGUUCACGACAAGGGUCGCGUGAGAGGCCUCGGCGACAGAGAAGAUGAGGAGGUGCACCUCUUUGUCUACGGCGGCAGUGUCGAUGCUGCCAACCAUCCUUGUGUGUGGGUGUGAGGCGGUGGCGGCGUUGGCGUGAGAGAGCUGCGAUUUCUCGCAGGAGAGGGAGGCACGAUGCUCCUCCGUAUGUAUGACUCCGGCUGCUGCCUCGAUGAACGACCAAAGAGGGAGGGGGAGAGGAGAAACGGUUCGCGUCGACGAGGAGAGGCACCUGAGAGGGAGAGAAGUGGAGGAGAGUAGUGGAACAGGCCUCCACAUGAUGAACAGUAGCACAUAAACACCCAAAACCCUUCAUCUGCGAAAAGACCAAAAUACUCCUCUUCUCCAUAAUUUCCUUUGGGCCCCACGAAUAUAUCCGCAUCGCGGGCGGCCCCCCAGCUCAGCGUCCAAUAAUCUAAUCAUUUGUCCACCACUAGUGACCUCCGAGGACUUCCGGCCGUCCAUUUUAAAUUAAACUAUAAUAAUUCAAUCAUAGUUAUGAAUGAUCUAUCUCCUGAUAAAAAAAAUAGGACCAGGCGAUAUGCUCCCGGCACGGAUACCGCACUGUGAAGCACACCCGAGAUUAACUGAAAGAGAUAUACCGUGUUAUUUCCUUGUAUUAAUUUUGUAUUCCGUGUGGACAAAUCGUGAAAGCAGUCUGCCAAUAUGCAGUCAAACUGUCAUUCAAUUAUUUCAAACAGAGACAAAUUAGUUGACUGAAGAAUUCCAGCUGUCACCAGCUUCUAAAGGUGAUAAAUGUUAUAACUUAGCUUGCAGCAUCUCUGCACAGAGUACACAACAGUCAAUUGCUGGUGCAGACAACGCAAAUCCAUAAACUUCCAUGGCGCGGAUGCAGCUCUUUCUUCUACCGUUCCUGGAAAUAGUACUACUAGCAGAGGCAUCCUUUCUACUUGGCCAAUCCUCUCCAAGAGAUAUAAUGAUGGGGAAUAGCUCACUUAUCGAUGGCCAGACAUUAAUCUCGGCGGGGAGCGUGUUCCAACUCGGUUUCUUCAGUCCAGUUAACGAUUCUGGAACUUCAUACAUAGGAAUUUGGUACUACAAUCUCCCACCGAGAGAAAGCAAAGUAGUAGUAUGGGUCGCCAAUAGGAACAGAUCUGUGGACACAUCCAUGGCAUCGUUGAACCUGACUUCCGACGGAAAUCUCAUCUUAUUUGAGGAAGGAACAAAGGUUUGGUCAACGGGAAGACCCGCCGAACUUAAUUCUGUACGCUUGCAGCUUUUAGACUCAGGAAACCUCGUGCUGACGGCUAGCAACUCUAGCAGAACUCUAUGGCAGAGUUUCGACCAUGGGUGUGACACUCUUCUCCCUGGCAUGAAGACAGGAUUCGACUUCCGGACUAACACUUCGUGGCAGUUCAUGCCAUGGACGAGUGCCACGGACCCUUCUCCGGGCAAGUACGUUGCCAAAAUUGAGACAUAUAAUGUUCCGGAAUUUUAUACGGUGAGUGUGAAUGGAUCCCUCAAACUCUUUCGCACUGGGCCAUGGAACGGGCAAUGGUUCUCCGGCCUUCCACAGAUGGGGAGCAACAUUGUGUUAACGCACUUAAACUUCACAUACGUGUCCAACCAGAAUGAGAUCUACUACAUGACUGAAUAUCAGACUCGAUCGCCAGAGCUAAUCCGGGUAUUAGUGUUCACCAACGUAUCCUACCAGAGUUGGAGUUUUGUUGAGGGAGAGUGGAGAAUUAUCUUCUCGUUUCCGAGCGACGACUGCGAUUACUAUAACCAUUGUGGCCGCAACAGCGUUUGCACCAAGGGCUAUUACUCAACCUCCUGUCGUUGCUUGGAAGGUUUUGUGGAGAACAAAAGCGUCGUCGGAUGCGCUAGGAAGGAGCCCUUGCUUUGCUCGUGGAACCAAUUUUCGAAGGAGCCGAGCGUGAAGGUGCCAGACACUGAGAACGCAACCUCAGGAGGCAACAUUAGUCUGGAUUCGUGCAAGAAAUUGUGCUUGGAUGAUUGCUCCUGCGUAGCGUUUGCGGUGAUCAAUGGGCCUUAUGGGUGCAUAACUUGGCGCGGUGAGUUGUUGGAUCUCAGAAGUUUUACCGACGGAGGAGACGAUUUAUACAUUCGGCUUCCAGGAUCAUCAACGUCAAACUUGAAGAAGCUCGUGUGGGCGAUAGUCAUUUCGGUGUUGCUGGGAUUUCUUUUGCUGUGCAGUGUAGGUGUACUCGCUAGGAGGAGGAGAAACAGAGCAUCGACCUGCAGAUUGCAAUUGCAGUUUCCAAAUGUGCAGAAAGAUGUACUUCCUUCAUAUGAUUUACGUACUAUAAAAGCUGCAACGAAUGAUUUCUCCGAUGAAAACAAACUUGGAGAGGGGGGAUUUGGAGUUGUUUACAAGGGUCAAUUGGAAGAUGAACAGAAUAUUGCUGUUAAAAAAUUAUCAAGAUACUCCUCACAUGGUCCAGAUGAAUUCCAGAAUGAACUCUCACUGAUAGCCAAGUUACAACAUAGAAAUCUUGUUCGUCUUCUAGGCUGCUGCAUUGAAGGAUAUGAGCGACUUCUCAUACUUGAAUACAUGGAAAAUAAGAGCCUUGAUGCAUUCAUUUAUGAUAAAGCUAAAAGUUCAUUACUAAAUUGGCAAAGGCGUUUCAAUAUUAUAAUUGGGAUCGCUCGAGGACUUCUAUACUUGCAUCAAGACUCUAGAUUGAGAGUCAUUCAUCGUGAUCUUAAGCCUAGCAAUAUCCUCCUUGACAAGGAUAUGAAUCCAAAGAUUUCAGAUUUUGGCAUUGCGAGAAUAUUUGAAGGAGACAAUGCUCUUGAGGAUGCAACAACGAGACCUGUCGGAACAAUCGGUUAUAUGGCACCUGAGUAUUUAUCACGUGGAGUUUUUUCAUUCAAGUCGGAUGUAUUUAGUUUCGGUGUGAUAAUACUAGAAAUUAUAAGUGGAAAGAAGAAUAGGGUAUUCAGUCAAACUGAUACAAGCAUGACUCUUUUAGAAUAUGUGUAUAAACUUUGGAAGGAAGAAAGAUCUUUAGAGAUCGUUGACGACACACUAAAUCAAUCAUAUUCAAUGGAAGAAGUUCUACGUUGUAUCCAAACGAGUCUUCUGUGUGUACAAGAUAAUAGUAAAGAUAGACCCACAAUGACAGAAGUGGUGACGAUGUUAACAAGUGAGGACGAACUCCUUAUUCCGAUUAUGCAACCUGUCAUAACAUCAACUAGCAACGAAGAAGAUUUCACUAUCAAUGAAAUGAGCUUCACACUGAUAGGUCGAUAACAUAUAUAUUUAAUUCUUAUUUUAAUUAAUGUUUUUCAUUAUCAGAAUAUUUGUAUCAAUUUACAGUACUUUAAUAUUCUUGUAUCAAAAGACAUAUGGCAACUUAGCCGUAAAAUUAUUAGGCCUCGUUUUCAUAAUCUGAUACAUCCUUUUGUUUAA